AUGGAAAUUGCAAUAUUAGAGGGUUGGUGCAGGGCUGAUAAGAGAACUUGCUCUUGUAUAUUUGAGGAAGUUGUGCCAACACCCCAUGAGUUGGAGACUCUUAAUUUGCCUCCUGUUGCACAUGAUAUACCAGAAGUCAAACAUGGAGUUAAUGGUGUACAUGGUACUGAUUUGGUAGACGAUGAUUACGAUGAUUUUAGUACCACACCACCGCAUCUGUCCAGUGGCAAACAACAACAAAGGAGUGCCAAUUCUGAUUCCCCGCGAUGCAAGAAACGGACACAGUUUCCCGUUUCUGUUUCUCCUUCUAGGAAACAACCAUCACGGAAGGAAUCUCGGAUAAAAGGGACAAGGAAACCAGAUGCACCUACAGGACCCGGAACAAAUGAGUUUAAACUGAUAAGGGAAGAGAUUCAGAUUUUCAAGAAAGAAGUGUUUGACUACAUGGAUAACAACUUCAAAAAGUUGUUAGAUGCAAUAAAGGGCAAUCAAACACCAGAAAAGGUCGGAGACACAAUGUUGCAAGCUGAAUUACAUACUGAUGGUGGGAUUUCUCAAGGCAAUCAAAGUGGCGGUGCAGUAAAGGUUUCAACCGAAGAGAAUCAAGGUGGUGGUGCAACUUCCGCGCGCAGGGAGUCAUCCAAGGUUAAGGCAGUUGGGUUGCCAAUUAAUGAUCCGGUUUCCGUUGUUGAUGUGGAUAAAGAAACGGGAGUUAAAAGUGAGGCACAAACAGAUGGAGUGCCCAUAACACCAAUCCAAUUAAAAUUUGAUGAAUCUCAGUAA